AUGGAGAAGAAGUUCACGGUGACUAGGACUAGCAAGUCCCUGGUGCCCCCAUCUUCGUCUUCCCCAACACCGGCGGCGACAGAGGACGAUGCACCAGUGCCGGUGAUCAUGCGCCUGUCGACGAUCGACCGUGUUCCCGGGCUGCGCCACCUGGUGCUCUCCCUCCACGCCUUCGACGGCCAUGGCGUCGUUGCCGGAGAAGACGACGAAGAGCGAAUUAGGUGGCCGGCGAGGGUGGUGAGGGAGGCGCUGGGGAAGGCGCUCGUGGACUACUACCCGUUUGCCGGGAGGUUCGUGGUGGACGAGGAAGGGGAGGUGGGCGUGAAGUGCAGCGGCGAGGGGGCGUGGUUCGUGGAGGCCAAGGCGGAGUGCUCGUUGGAGGAGGCGAGGCACCUUGAUGGGAACCCCAUGGAGAUGGUGAUCCCCAAGGAGGACCUUCUCCCGGAGCCCAUUCCCGGGGUCGACCCCCUCGACAUCCCCCUCAUCAUGCAGGUGACAGAAUUCACAUGCGGCGGCUUCGUGGUGGGCCUGAUCUCGGUGCACACCAUCGCCGACGGGCUAGGCGCCGGCCAGUUCAUCAACGCGGUGGCGGACUACGCGCGGGGCCUCCCGAAGCCUCGUGUGUCUCCGGUGUGGGCCCGGGACCUCGUCCCGGACCCUCCGAAGAUGCCGGCGCCACCGCCGAAGCUGGAGCUCCUGGACCUCCGCCACUUCACCGUGGACCUGAGCCCGGACCACAUCGCCAAGGUCAAGUCCCAGUACUUCGCCUCCACGGGCCACCGCUGCUCCGCCUUCGACGUCGUCGUCGCCGUCACCUGGCAGUCCCGCACCCGUGCCCUCCGCCUCGCCGGUGCCGGCUACGACGACGUCCACGUCUGCUUCUUCGCCAACACCCGCCACCUCAUGCUCCACGGUGGCGCCGGCGCGGCGGGGUUCUACGGCAACUGCUUCUACCCGGUGAGAGCCACGUGCGGGAGCGCUGAGGUGGCGUCGGCUGACGUGGCGGGGGUGGUGAAGGUGGUGAGGGACGCCAAGGCCAGGCUGGCGGGGGACGUGGCGAGGUGGGCCGUGGGCGGGUUCGAGCAGGACCCCUACGAGCUGACCUUCACCUACGACUCCCUCUUCGUGUCGGACUGGACCAGGCUGGGCUUUCUAGAGGCCGACUACGGGUGGGGGCCCCCGGCCCACGUGGUGCCCUUCUCGUAUCACCCCUUCAUGGCUGUUGCCGUCAUCGGCGCACCGCCCAAGCCCAAGCUCGGCUCCCGCGUCAUGACCAUGUGUGUGGAGGAAGACCACCUCCCGGAGUUCCGGGACCAGAUGAACGCCUUCGCCUUCACCGCCGGGAAGUGA